CUCCCUCUGUCAGAAGCAGAGGGCGGAUUGGGCUUAAACCCCACCAUCCCUCUCCACCCUCUCGCGCCGCAACCCAAACCCAAACCCUAACAACUGGUCACCUGGAAAUCAGGUUUUCAGUUACCGGAAUUUCUCUCCCAUGCGAGUCAACCUCCUCUCACACCUCCGUCUCCUCUUCAACCCUUCUCUUCCGGUAGCCCGUUUCUCCACCAUGAUGAAGGCCAAGCCACCCUCCAAACACUCCUCUCGGAUCCUCCCGAUGUUCUCUCGGAUCUUCCCUCAUAAGCUUAAGUACCAAUCUCAGCUCCCUACUCGUCGAUUUUCGACCCAUUUUACUCGACCCAGACCCAGUUCGAGAGCCGAGAUUGGGGGUUCGAAGAGCCUUAUUGACGACGAGGCUGAACUCAGCGAUUGGGUGAGUGGGUUGAGAUCGGACUCGUUUGAUGGUAAUGGCAUUGGUUCGGGUAGAGGUAACGGUACGGAUUGGAUUUCUUCUGGGAAGAGGCAAAGAGAUGGCGAUUCGGGUGAUGAUUUGAUGGCGAAUAGGAAAAUAGGUAGGGAUUCAUUUGGGUCAAUUUCGAGGAACUCGAGAGGGAAAACAGGGUUUGGUGGUGAAUUGGAUGGAGAGGAUAACGGGUUUGUGUCCCGGUGGAGAGAGAAGAAUUCGACAAUAUCUAAAAGUGGUGGGAGAGGUUCGGAAUUUGGGUAUGGGCGGGACCAAGGAGGGAGUGGUGGUAGAGGUGGGAGAGGUUCAGAAUUCAGGUAUGGGCGGGACCAAGGAGGGAGUGGUGGUGGUGGAUUGAAGAGAGGCGGUGGAAUUUUGCAAAAAGGCGGUUUUUUUACAUCAGACAAGGAAAUUGGCAGUAAGGAUGAGGAGUUAGGGAAAGAUGGGUUAAUGAACAAAUUUAGAGGUUUAAUGAGUGAGGUAGAUAGUGAAGAGGAAGAUGGUGAUGGUGAUACGGUCAAGAAUGCAGGUCCUUUGUGUGCAGCAAAGAAAGAAGCUAGUCAAAGGGCUGUGCCUAGUUCACCUGCAAGAAGUGAAUCAUACUUGAGUGAGACCAGGUUUGAUCAAUGUUCAGUUUCUCCCUCGUCCUUAAAGGGAAUUAAGGAUGCCGGAUACGAGAAGAUGACUGUGGUUCAAGAGGCAACACUUCCUGUCAUUCUCAAAGGUAAGGAUGUUCUCGCCAAGGCAAAAACUGGCACUGGAAAAACUGUAGCAUUUUUGCUUCCAUCAAUUGAAGUAGUUGUGAAUUCACCCCCUGUUGGCCGUGAUCAAAAGCGACCCCCAAUUCUUGUGCUUGUAAUAUGCCCUACUCGAGAGCUUGCUAGUCAAGCUGCUGCAGAGGCCAAGAAAUUGUUGAAGUUUCAUCCUUCUCUUGGUGUUCAAGUUGUGAUAGGAGGUACAAGACUUGCUCUAGAACAGAAACGUAUGCAAACAAAUCCUUGCCAGAUUCUUGUAGCUACACCUGGAAGACUCAGAGAUCACACUGAGAAUACCACCGGAUUUGCAACUCGGCUCAUGGGUGUGAAAGUCCUUGUGCUUGAUGAAGCUGAUCAUUUAUUAGAUAUGGGAUUCCGCAAAGACAUUGAGAAGAUCAUAGCUGCCGUACCAAAACAGCGACAAACACUUCUUUUUUCUGCUACUGUUCCAAAAGAGGUCCGCCAAAUCUGCCAUAUUGCUUUGAAAAGAGAACAUGAGUUUAUUGAUACAGUUGGAGAUGAUAGUGAGCAGACACACUCACAGGUCAGACAGAUGCAUCUAGUUGCUCCUUUGGACAAACAUUUUCCAGUACUGUAUGUUAAACUGAAAGAGCAUAUCUCAGAUGAUGCUGAUUACAAGGUUCUUGUAUUCUGCACAACUGCAAUGGUCACAAGGCUGGUUGCUGACCUCCUUGGUCAGCUCAAUCUAAAUGUUCGAGAGAUCCAUUCCAGGAAGCCACAGAGUUAUAGAACUAGGAUCUCCGAUGAAUUCCGGAAGUCAAAGGGGCUUAUCCUUGUGACUUCUGAUGUUUCUGCACGCGGUGUUGAUUAUCCAGAUGUUACCCUUGUUAUACAGGUUGGCUUGCCAUCUGAUAGAGAACAGUACAUACAUCGACUUGGUAGAACUGGUCGUAAAGGUAAAGAAGGGCAGGGCAUAUUGUUAUUGGCACCUUGGGAGGAAUCAUUUUUGUCUUCUGUUAAGGAUUUGCCAAUUACAAAAGCCCCGGCACCUUCUGUUGAUCCGGAGUCGCAGAAAAAGGUGGAACGAGCAUUGGCCCAAGUAGAGAUGAAGAACAAAGAAGCAGCAUACCAGGCAUGGCUCGGUUACUACAACUCGACUAAGAUUGUGGGUCGGGACAAGCACAGACUCGUGGAGCUUGUAAAUGAGUUCAGCCGGAGCAUGGGGCUCAACAACCCUCCAGCGAUUCCUAAGCUUGUCCUUGGCAAAAUGGGCCUUCGAAACAUUCCUGGGUUGCGUUCUAAGUAGAUUUUGCUGCUAUUCUGAUGAUUUUUUGGAAUGAAAACUUCCAGCAAAUUUUGGUCUUUUUUGUGCCCUGCCCUUUGAUUUUGGAGGGGUACAUAGUUAACCCUGCUCUCGAACUUUAGGCCAUGUUUCUAUUAUUUAUUUUUUCUUGUAAAAGGUAUUGAGCUAUUAUUAUGAUUAAUAUUCGUAUAAAACAACAUCAAGGAAAAGAUGAUUAGGAGGUUUUAACCAAACUA